AUGGACAUCAACUGUGACCCUGCCUACACUAUGUGUCAGAUGAUACUCUGCACCAUGGAUUUCCAGACCUUGUCGAGUGAAGCUGCUGCCUCUCAACAUGAGAACCCAUCCAGAACCUCCAAGCUGCCAUCAGAGAAAGUGGUCCAGUUGGUUCUGGGCUCUCUGCUGGCUGCUGCUCUCAUCGUCAUCUACAGACUCUCUUUUGAUAAAAUACGAACAAAUCAAACUGUCAAAACUCUGAAAGAGGAGAAUGAAGCGCUGAGGAGAAAUCUCUCAGCAACUGCUUCCACAAAACCACUCCUUGCAAAAUGUCCACCACCCCCUGAAGUAAAAAAUGAGACGUGUCUGAAGUGUGAAGCAGGCUGGGAGCUACACGGAGGAAACUGUUAUAAGUUCAGCACCAGGAAGUCCUCCUGGAAUGAGAGCAGAGAUUCCUGCAAAGAUCUGGGAGGGGACCUGGUGAAGAUAGACAGCAGAGAGGAGCAGAUGUUCCUGUUUGGAAGACUGAGCAACAUUAUGGAGGAAGCAGAGGACAAGUUCUGGAUCGGACUGACGGACUCAGAGGAAGAAGGCAGCUGGUUGUGGGUGGAUGGAUCACCACUGAAGUCAAGUUGGUCUUUUUGGUCUGAUAAUCAGCCUGACAACAAGAGUAAAGAUGCUCCUGCUGCUGAAGCCGACUGUGUGAGGAUGGGGAAGAAAGUAGGAGCUGGCAUUCUGAAGUCCUGGUUUGAUACAUCCUGUAAAUAUCCUCAGAAAAGUAUCUGUGAGAAAGCAGCAGAAACUGGACAGUGCUCAUGUGUUUAUGGGUGAAGUUCUGUUGGUCUGGAAAACUGAGCCCAGGAUCAAGAAGCUGCAGAAAUGCUGGUUUUAUAAAGAAAAAUGUCACAAAUAAUAAAAAUUAACUUCCAAACAUGUUGAAAUAAUCAUUAAAUUUUCCUCCUAAAUAAU